AACGGAAAAAUCCUUCAAUAUGGACGAAACUCCGGUAGGCUUAUUUUUUUAACAAUCUUCUGUGAAUAUGGGCAAAAUCGUCCAAAUAAACCAUUUAAAGACAACCUAUAUAAAGAAUGGCAUUUUUGGAUGGCUAGUGGUGGUGUAGGACAAACUACUAGUAAUCUUCGACAUGCCAAGUUAGGUGACGUGUAUGUAUGGGUAAAUCUUGCCUUAGCGUUAGAUAGUUUAGAGGAUGAGGAAUUGUAA